ACAAGCAAAUAUAUGAAACCCCAGCUGUUUCAACUCAUUUUUCAAGAGUCUCUAAAAUUUAAUUAUUAAUUAUUAUUUUUUAUAUUUUGGCAGAUCACCAUGCAUCCCAUUAUUUUUUUAACACAAAUUCUUAUACUGGCAUCCGUCUUAGCGGGUUUCUAUGUUGUCAUUGCAGGACCUCUAUCUGGCAUUACCCCAGAUUAUUUUUAUAAUGGGAUAGACGGAUAUGACACUCCGGCUCACUUCCAUGCUAGGAAGCUUCUUAGCCCAGAUAUAGAGGUCCAAUCUGGUUCAUUGAAAGGCAUAAAUAAAGAUGGGCAUCAAAAUUGGUGGACUCAAUUCACAAACUUUUUUAUAAAGAAGAUAUUUCUGUCAGCACUGUUGUUUUGGUUUGCUUUUGGGCUAUUUUGUAUCCUUAUAGUAAUUGUCAUUGCACUAGUAUGUUACCAUAUUUUUCAUACAUAUAGUCGUCGACAUGCGAGAGAUAUAGAGUUAAUUCCAAUUUCUUCGCAUAGAGGAGUUGGUGAUAUAGAGGAGGCAGGUCAGGCAGAGUGCAUUAUAUGCAUCGAGCCAUACCAUGGGGGUGAUGAUACUCGCACACUAUCUUGCGGCCAUGUUUUUCAUGCGAGUUGCAUCACCGAGUGGCUUACACGGAGUACGAUUUGCCCUUUAUGUCGAAGAGUGCCUUAG